GUGAAUAAAGCAUGGAAAACUUAUUUGGAAUAUUGUGGAGUUAUAGGUCAAUGUGCUAUUCCGUUGUUGGAGGAUUCCCUCUUGUCAUGUUUGAUUUGGUUAGAUUUAACGGAUGCUGUAUUGGUUUGUUUAGAUAUACUUGCAGCUGUAUCAAGAAAACAUCUAGAAAGAUCAUUACCUGACCCAUCGAAGUUAUAUAAUGUUAGAAGGGUUUAUAAAGCAUUGAUGAAGGAAUCAAGAAAGGAUAGAAAGCCAGAAUGGCCACGUGAUCCGCUACUGAUUUUUGCGUUGAGAAGGUUUGUUAUUAAUAAACCACGAUUUGCAGACAUGAAUAUAUGGAUACGAGAUACAGCUUUGAUUGCAAUAGGAUUAAGGACAAUGCGUAGGCCAGUGGAAUUAUGUAAUUUGAAGUUGGAGGAUGUUAAAUUUAAUAGAAAUUUAUGUUGGAUACGGAUUUGUAAUUCAAAAACUGAUCAGUUUUCUAAUGGAAAAUUUAUUCCUAUUGAAAUUUCAAAUAGCCUUUGUUGCCCA